AUGAUGGGUCCUGAUGAUCUCGCCACUAUGGCCCAAUACGGCGUCACCACUGCGCUUGAUAUGGCUACCUGGCCGAUCGAGCGCCUAAACUCUUCUCGCAAUCAGAAAGGCGUGACCAACAUUCGGGCUUGUGGUAUCCCAGCAUGCGGUCCUGGAAGCGCCCAUAGCAAGAUCCCCAGUAUGCCUGCUGAAGCCGUUGUGGCGAGCCCGGCUGAAGGAAAGCAGUUUGUGCUCUCGCGCAUCGCCGAGGGCGCUGACUACAUCAAGGUCAUUGUUGAUCUUCCGGGCUUAAGCCAAGAGACAAUGGACGUUAUAGUGGCAAAUGCGCAUCAGCAUGAGAAGCUCGUUGUUGCGCAUGCGGCUACAACGAUUGCUACACGGAUGGCGCAAAGUGCCGGUGUGGAUAUUGUUACGCACGCGCCUGUGGAUGGAGUAAUGACCCGUGAAGAGAUCGCGCAGAUGGUGGAGAGUGGUCGUGUUAGUGUCCCGACGCUAGUCAAGAUGAAGGGGGCUUGUGAGAGACGGGGAGCAGAGUAUGAUAAUUGUCGCAAGACCGUGGCUGCUCUUCAUGAAGCUGGGGUUCCGGUUUUAGCUGGCACGGAUGCUAAUCGGGCGCCGGGUGUUCCUAUGCAAGUUGCGCAUGGUGCCAGCUUGCAUGAGGAGCUCGAGCUUCUUGUUGAAUGUGGCUUGUCGACUACAGAGGCUCUUCGAUCUGCUACCAGUUUGCCUGCAAGGGUGUUUGGGUUGGAGGAUCGAGGACGCAUUGAGUCAGGUCUUCGGGCUGACCUUGUGCUGGUGGCAGACAACCCAUUGGAGAAUAUCACUGCGACUAGAAAUGUUUUGAAAGUCUGGGUUGGCGGAGAAGAAUAUACUCUGCCUGAUAAAUAA